AACGUGCUCAACGACAGCGUUGUUUUGAACGUCAUCACCUCUGAUUUUAUUUACGUGGUUCUUCAACGCGAGUUCAUUUAGGGAUUUUGUAUAGUAUUGGAGUUUGAAAUGGUAAUUUAUCGUUAUGGAUAUUGGAUCUCAGUUUGACGACGAUUUUUUCGAAAAACCUAAGGAAAAAGAAGGAAGCGAUUCCUCAUAUUAUGAAGCUAAAGUUUGUAUGCCGUUGUGGUACAUGGAGAAAGAGGCAACAAAAAACGAGAAAGGAGACGUCUUAGUUGCAUUGAAACAUCAGGCAGAUUAUUAUUAUUUCUCAGAAAACUAUGCCAAGUCUGCUGAAGUUUAUGAGCGAUGUCUUGAACUAGUGCCUGCUACAAACAACACUUGGAAGAGGGAGUUUAUGGAAAACCUCUCUCGUUCUUUAUUGCAUUUAGGAAAUGCGGAAAAAGCAUUGGAAUGGAGCUUAAAACUGUAUGACUCUUCAUGCAGUACUGACCAGAAAAUUAUUUCAAUGAAUCUCUUAGCAACUGUGUGUCAUAAAUUAGGAAAGUUUAAAGAGGAAUUGGAAGCUUUACAUUGCUGUAUAGAUGCUCAUAAAUCUUGUCCAGAAUUUUGGCUGCGACUUGGUCUGUGCUAUGCGGGCCUUUUCAAAAUAAACUUACCCGGAUGUUCAGCCUUCAAUUCUGUUUUGGAGUCUGAAUGUGAACCCUGUUGUGCCUUCAGUUCUAAACAGUAUUCUUGCCAUUGCUCUUCUGUUCAAGAAAAGGAAGUUUUAUCACCUCCUGCUGUCGAAAGUGCCAUUCCUUCAUGUAGUUCCUCAAGCUCAACUAAAGACAUUUGCUCAAGCACAGAAUCUACAGUUGACACUAACAAAUGUGAAAUUUGUGCAUUAGGUGUUCAAAUAGUUUCCACAUGUUUAAUUCACACCAGGGUGUUAAUGGACUCAGGUGGAACAAAUCUUUUAGGUGUUGAAAGAGACGAAAGGAUAAAAGAAAAGAUAUCAAACAGCUUGAAGCAUAUGGAAGUUGAACAGUCAUUUAUUGAUGUUGCAUCCAAAAUGCUUGGCUCAGACUUCUUGGCAGGAUUACAAGAAGUUCGUGAAAGUUCAGAACAAUCUAAUUUUUCUGAAAUGUUGAAGCCAAAUGCUGAAAGAAGUGAUCUUUGACAACUGACAAUGUUCCUAAGCCUUUACGAAUUGACAAAAAUGGACCAUAUUUAUAUUGUGAUGUUCUGCUUUUGUAAAUAAAAUCUCUUUUUUUUUA